GACAUGGAGUCAUCUUUCCCAUUUGGAGUGAUCCUUGCUGUCCUGGCCUCCCUCAUUAUUGUUGCUAAUGCUCUAGUGGCCAUGGCUGUGCUGUGGUUGAUCCACAAGAAUGACGGUGUCGGUCUCUGCUUCACCUUGAAUCUAGCUGUGGCUGACACCUUGUUUGGCGUGGCCAUCUCUGGCCUCAUCACAGACCAGCUCUCCAGCCCAGCUCAGCCCACACAGAAGACCCUGUGCAGCCUUCGGAUGGCAUUUGUCACUUCCUCUGCAACUGCCUCUGUCCUCACAGUCAUGCUGAUUGCCUUUGACAGGUACCUUGCCAUCAAGCAGCCCCUCCGCUAUUUCCAGCACAUGAAUGGGCUCGUGGCUGGGGCCAGCAUUGCUGGGCUGUGGAUGGUAUCUUAUCUCAUUGGCUUCCUCCCACUUGGAGUCCGUGAGUUCCAGCAGACCACCUACAAGGCGCCCUGCAGCUUUUUCGCUGUGUUUCACCCACGCUUUGUGCUGGUCCUCUCCUGUGCUGGCUUCUUCCCAGCCCUGCUCCUCUUUGUCUUCUUCUACUGUGACAUGCUCAAGAUUGCCUCCAUGCACAGCCAGCAGAUCCGCAAAAUGGAGCACGCGGGAGCCAUGGCCAGGGCUCACCGGCCCCCACAGACUCCCAGUGACUUCAAGGCUGCCCGCACUGUGGCCGUUCUCAUUGGGAGCUUCACUCUGUCCUGGACCCCAUUCCUUAUCACUAGCAUGGUGCAGGUGGCCUGCCAGGAGUGCCACCUCUACCUAGUGCUGGAACGGUACCUGUGGUUAAUUGGUGUGGGCAACUCCCUGCUCAACCCACUCAUCUAUGCCUGUUGGCAGAAGGAGGUACGGCAACAGUUCUCCCAAAUGGCCCUGGGAGUGAAGAAGGGGCUCACCGCAUUCCUCCUCCUUCUCUGGGCCAGGAAUGGUGGCCCAGAGGGGUCCAGGGAAAGUUCCCAUCAUGUCACCACCAUCUCCUACUCAGAACCUGAUGGCUAAGAUGGUGAGGGCAGACAAGUCUCAAAGUGCUUCUUCCUCCCCUCUCUGAGCCCCAACU